AUCUGUUAGAGUGUUUCGUAAAAAAAUGUAAAAAGCCCAAACAUCUACGUGAUAAAGGGAAUUGCAAGAAUUAGCAAAAACUAUCAAGAUCGCACAUGGGCCCGUAUAAUAUGGCAACUUAUCUCUAGAUUAGGGUUUGCGCCGCCAGAAUCUUGUUUCUCCGUACUACUUAAACAACCGCCGCAGGAUCUUAUUCUCUCUCUUUAGAUCCAGAUCUGAAGCUUGCAUCGGAACCGAAUCAGAACUCUCUUCAAAUAAGAAAUGUCUCAGAUCAACCUACCUUUCAAAGUUGGUCAACAUGUUGAAGUGAAAUCCUUUGAAAAUGGAUAUCGUGGAGCUUGGUUUAAAUGCAAGAUCUACAUGAAACACAAGUCUACCAAAAGUCUGAAUAUGGGGGAGAAGAGUGCUUGAUGAUUCGACCCGCAUAUCCACCACUUUAUCUUGAAAGCGAACUCAAAAUCAAGAAUGAACAAGAACCUCUUGUAGUAACUCAUCGUUCUUUGAAAGUAGGAGAUUUAGUUGAUUGGUGGAAAGAUGAUUGUUUCUGGUCUGGAACGAUUACGAAGAAGAAGGGAAAUAACGCAGUACAGGUUGAUCUGACUCCACCACCGCACGGCGAAGGAGCGAGUUACAAAGCUUUGCGCAAUGACUUGCGUCCAUCUUUGGAAUGGUCACUUGAAGAUGGUUGGAAAUUGCCUUCUAUGGAUGGACAAAAAAGGCAAUGUGCUAAGCUCGUGAAACGUGAGAAGGAAGAUCAAGUGAUGGCUGAUGUUUGCGACAUUGAGAAAGAGCAAACAAACAGUGUCAAGAAGCAGAAAACAGAGAGUGUCAAGAAGCAGAAAACAGAGAGUGUCAAGAAGCAGAAAACAGAGAGUUCCACAGAGGGACAAUUGAUAGGUCAUGAAGAGCUUCCUUUGAAUAUCAACGAGUCAGAUUCUCUUGAAGCUGCGGUUUUUGACUUGGAGGAGCUUAUUGUUCGAAUUGAGUGGCUAAAAAGAAUGUUGAAACCAGAUGUUGGAGAAGCUUCAAAAGCAUAUUGGAAGUAUGAAGAUUAUCUCCCUAGAAUGUCAACUUGGAAAGAAGAUGGUUAUGAGUUUUGACACACUAAAAAAAGAUUCUUGAUGAUGUAGGUUGUAUAUAUUUUUCUAAAAUUCCUAGGGAUGCUUGUUAAGAUCAGUUUCAAUUUGUAAUUUGCACACAUGCGUUUAUUUUAGUUGGAAGCGAAUGUGUUUUUUAACUGAAUACCACGAAGUUCAGUUCUUUGUUUUAAAUAAUUGGAGUGUUAAAAGAGUGGUAUCAUCAUAU